AUCUGUAUGGGGUCGUUGUAUGCCUCUCUGUCAGGAUCUGUAUGGGGUCGUUGUAUACCUGUCUGUUCGUAUCUGUAUGGGGUCGUUGUAUACCUCUCUGUCCGGAUCUGUAUGGGGUCGUUGUAUACCCGUCUGUCCGGAUCUGUAUGGGGUCGUUGUAUGCCUGUCUGUUCGGAUCUGUAUGGGGUCGUUGCAUGCCACUCUGUCCGGAUCUGUAUGGGGUCGUUGUAUACCUGUCUGUCCGGAUCUGUUUGGGGUCGUUGUAUGCCUCUCUGUCAGGAUCUGUAUGGGGUCGUUGUAUACCUGUCUGUCGGGAUCUGUAUGGGGUCGUUGUAUGCCUCUCUGUCAGGAUCUGUAUGGGGUCGUUGUAUACCUGUCUGUCGGGAUCUGUAUGGGGUCGUUGUAUGCCUCUCUGUCCGGAUCUGUAUGGGGUCGUUGCAUGCCUGUCUGUCCGGAUCUGUAUGGGGGUCGUUGUAUACCUGUCUGUCCGGAUCUGUAUGGGGUCAUUGUAUGCCUGUCUGUCCGGAUCUGUAUGGGGUCGUUGUAUGCCUGUCUGUUCGGAUCUGUAUGGGGUCGUUGUAUACCUCUCUGUCCGGAUCUGUAUGGGGUCGGUGUAUACCUGUCUGUCCGGAUCUGUAUGGGGUCGUUGCAUGCCUGUCUAUCCGGAUCUGUAUGGGGUCGUUGUAUACCUGUCUGUCGGGAUCUGUAUGGGGUCGUUGUAUGCCUCUCUGUCCGGAUCUGUAUGGGGUCGUUGCAUGCCUCUCUGUCCGUAUCUGUAUGGGGUCGUUGUAUACCCGUCUGUCCGGAUCUGUAUGGGGUCGUUGUAUGCCUCUCUGUCAGGAUCUGUAUGGGGUCGUUGUAUACCUGUCUGUUCGGAUCUGUAUGGGGUCGUUGUAUACCUGUCUGUCCGGAUCUGUAUGGGGUUAAUAUUAACAUGUUUAAAUGUCCUUGACCUGGUCUUUGGCCUUGAAUCUCUCUAUCCCUACAGAUAUUUGUGAUCAGGAAGUCAGUAGUUUUGUUGUCAAAUGUGUGUGACAUAUGAUUCGCAGACAGAUAUCAGCGAUAGGGUAUUCCAUGUGUAUCAUAUGUAAAUUGUUUUGGUAUAGGUUUGACUUGUGGCUAUGAAUUUAUAGUAAUUAUUUGUGUAUCUUUUCCGUAGCUCAUCAAGUCAUCCCUGUAAUGUGUCGUGGUACUGUUGAGAUGUCUGGUGCGACGGACGGGAUAGAAUUAAUUAUCGGUUUCAUUGUGGAUAUUAUUUCCUAUUUUAUAUUCCUCCUUACAAUCUACAAGGAUGAUAGGUUGAGGAGAAUUUUUAAUCACUAUUAUGCAUUGACAUAAUCACAUUCAUAUCAUAUUUGUUUAUUGUGAUCCAUUUAUUUUUUUCAGAAUUAAUGUUUUUCGUAUAAAGUGUCAGUUUGUAUGUAUGUUCAUAUCUUGUUCUGUUAUUUCAGAAUAAAGAGUUGCUAUGUUUUUUA